AUGCUUUGCCUUUGCUUCUGGAGUGGAAGCCUCUCGAAACCAGAGAAGGCCCUGUUGUCACGACAACACAGGGCAACAAGCGAUGACCCAAAAAAGUGUGCCUACACCUUCCUGGUGCCUCAACAGAAGAUCACAGGGCCCAUCUGUGCAUCGGCUACAGGACCUGAGCCUGACAAGGACCGUGUGACGCGCAUGGACAUCGCAGACGUGAGGGAGGUUCUGUCCAAGCAGCGGCGGGAGAUCGAGACCCUGCAGUUGGUGGUGGAUGUGGACGGGAACAUGGUGAAUGAGAUGAAGCUUCUACGCAAGGAGUCUCGCAACAUGAACUCCCGCGUCACACAGCUCUACAUGCAGCUGUUGCAUGAGAUCAUUCGGAAGAGGGACAAUUCUCUGGAGCUGGUGCAGCUGGAAAACCGAGUCCUCAAUGUCACCUCUGAGAUGCUGCGACUCGCCUCUCGCUAUAAGGAGCUGGAGCUGCGCUUCUCGGCACUGGCCGCUGUGGUGAACAACCAGUCGGUGUUGAUCACGGCACUGGAGGAACAGUGCAUGCGUGGCUACGGCCGCCGCGACCUGCCAGCUGUGCCCCCACUGGUCCAAGUGGUACCUGAAAACAUUCCAGUGAAUAACAACCGGUUCACCAACGAGAUCCAGCGUGACCACAACCGCGCCUUCCCACGAGGCUCACGCAUGGACACCUCUCCCACUGCAAACCCACUGGGCAACCCCCCACCACCAGAGGGCACCCUCACAUCUGAUGGUCCCUUCCGUGACUGUUUCCAGGUACGGCAGGCAGGCCACAGCACCAGUGGGAUGUACCUGCUGAAACCUGAGGGCACAGACAAACUGAUUCAGGCUUGGUGUGAGCACGGACUUGACAACGGAGGGUGGACGGUGUUCCAGAGGAGGAAGGAUGGCUCUGUCAAUUUCUUCAGGAACUGGGAAAACUACAAGAAAGGCUUUGGGAACAUAGACAGUGAAUACUGGCUGGGUUUAGAGAACAUCUAUAACCUGGCCAAACAGGGCGACUACCAGCUGUUGGUGGAGCUGGAGGACUGGAUGGCCAAGAAGGUCUAUGCUGAGUACAGCAGCUUUCACCUGGAGCCUGAGAGUGAAGCCUACCGUCUGCGUCUGGGCACUUACCAAGGCAAUGCCGGAGACUCGCUCACCAGCCACAAUGGCAAGCCCUUCACCACGCUCGACCGUGACAAAGACGCCUUCUCUGGUAACUGUGCUCACUUCCAUAAAGGAGGAUGGUGGUAUAACGCCUGCGGACAGACUAAUCUGAACGGUGUGUGGUACUCGGGGGGCGUGUACCGCAGCAAGUUUCAGGACGGAAUCUUCUGGGCCGACUACGGAGGGGGAUUUUAUUCCCUCAAGUCCGUGCGCAUGAUGAUCAGACCAAUUGACUGA